GUGAUGCUGAGGUGAUGCAACCAGAGGAGGGGGCAGCAGAGAGGAGCUGACAUCCGAGACCGAUGCUGCCUGCUGCUGUCUCCGGUUGUGGGAUUAACGAUCCGUUUGCGACCCCUAAUGAACAUUCAGCGGACGUUUAACAAGCCGUCCGAUUGAAAAAUUAAGAGAACCGCAGAUUGAGCUGUAAAUGUAUCGGCCUCAGAAAGCUCAGUAUGAAGAAGUCGGUCCGGCCAGCGGUGAGUAAGGUGAGCGGGGAUCGCGUGAAGUCAGAGGUCACGGCCAACUCUGGCACCGGAAAGCCCACAGCCAAGACCAACAGCACGGCACCGCUGUCUAAGGUGAAAAGUAAUGAUGAUCUUUUAGCAGCCAUGGCCGGAGGGAAUCCUGCAUCAAGUAAUGCUGUCACCAAAACCAAGAGGACUGCCUCUAUCGGGACUAACGCUAGCACCCUAGACAGCAAACCAAAGACAACAUCAGGUACUUCAAACAAGCGUACGACAUCCUCGACUUCAAAGGAGCCAAAUGCGUCAAGAGACCGUCUACGAACAUCCAGGACGUCAGCCAAUAAGAAGCAGUCGGUUUCAGGUGCUGCAGCAGGAGAUGUCGCCUCAGGGAAGCGCUCUCGCAACCAGGUCCCGGCAGAGUCCGAAGGGCGUAUGAGCAAAUCGAAAUCAGAUGGCCAGAUCAGCGAUAAGGUGGCUCUGGAGGCCAAAGUUAAAGACCUGUUGGGUUUGGCUAAGAGCAAAGAUGUGGAGAUCCUGCACCUUCGUAGCGAGCUGAGAGAUAUGCGGGCUCAGCUGGGCUUGGGAGGGAAGGAUGAGCCGCCACAAGAGGAAGCCGGGGAGGAGGAGAAGCCGCAGGUUUCGGCCAUCACAGCAGCCGAUGUGGAGUCCACUCUGCUUCUCUUACAAGAGCAGAACCAGGCCAUCAGAGAGGAGCUCAACCUGCUGAAGAGCGAGAACCGUAUGUUGAAAGACCGGCUCAAUGCGCUGGGCUUCUCUCUUGAGCAGAGGCUGGAUGCUUCGGACAAGCUGUUCAACUACGCCUCCCUGAGCCCAGACCUGGCAGCGAGCAGCGGGCAGAGCGACGGCGGAGGCACGGGUACGUUGACCUCCUCAGUAGAAGGCUCUGCCCCCGGCUCAUUGGAAGAUCUGCUCACAGGACAUCAGCACGGAGGCUCAGCGGACAACCUCGACAGCGAAUCCAGCGAAGUCUACCAGGCUGUCACCUCCAGCGAUGACGCCCUGGACGCCCCCUCCGGAGCCUCCUCGUCAUCCGAGUCGGAGUGCGCUCCCAGCAGAGAUCGCUCGAGGAGGGGCAGCAGCGGCAAUGCCAGCGAGGUGUCGGUGGCCUGUCUGACGGAGCGCAUCCAUCAGAUGGAGGAGAACCAGCACAGCACCGCCGAGGAGCUCCAGGCCACGCUGCAGGAGCUGGCCGACCUGCAGCAAAUCACCCAGGAGCUGAACGGGGAGAACGAGCGGCUCGGCGAGGAGAAGGUCAUCCUCAUGGACUCUCUGUGCCAGCAGAGCGACAAGCUGGAGCUGUACGGCCGACAGAUCGAAUACCUGCGCUCUCUGUUGGAUGAGCAUCACCUAUCAUACGUGCUAGAAGAGGACAUCAAGAGCGGCCGCUACAUGGAGCUGGAGCAGCGCUACGGAGACCUGGCAGAUAACGCCCGCUUCGAGAGGGAGCAGCUGCUGGGGGUGCAACAGCACCUGUCCAACACGCUGAAGAUGGCCGAACAGGACAACGCAGAGGCCCAGGAGAUGAUCGGAGCACUGAAGGAAAGGAACCACCAAAUAGAGCGCAUCCUGGAAUCAGAGAGGCAGGAUCGGGGGGCCAUGGCAGCCGCACUAGAGGAGUAUAAAGCGGCAGUGAGCAGCGACCAAGCAGAGCUGAGCCGCUGCAGAGGCCAGCUGGACCAAGAGAGGCAGAGGGUCGCCGAGCUGUACUCUCUCCACACGGCGGGGGACAAAAAUGACAUCUGCCAGCUGCUGGAAAGUGCUCGGCUGGGGAAGGAGGAGGCUGAAGCCAAAGCUGCGAAGAUGCAGAAGGAGCUGGAACAAGCCUGCAGCGAACUCUCCCGGCUGCAGGACACUUUCAGUAAGCUGGACAGGGAAUACAGAGACUUCCAGGAACAGGUGCAGCAGCAGAUGUCCAAGCAGGAGUGCGCCCUGGAGAAGCAGCGAGCGGAGCUGCAGGAAAAGGAGACGGAGAUCGUCGACAUGAAGGAAACCAUAUUUGAGCUGGAGGAUGAGGUGGAGCAACACAGAGCCCUCAAACUGCACGACAAUCUCAUCAUCACAGACCUCGAGAACUCUGUGAAGAAGCUGCAAGACCAGAAGCAUGAUAUGGAGAGAGAGAUUAAGAUUCUCCACCGCAGACUGAGGGAGGAGUCGAUGGAGUGGCGUCAGUUCCAGGCUGAUCUGCAGACAGCUGUUGUCAUUGCUAAUGACAUCAAGUCGGAAGCACAGGAGGAGAUUGGAGAUCUGCGGCGCCGGCUGCAGGAAGCUCAGGAGAAGAACGAGAAGCUGAGCAAAGAGCUGGACGAGGUCAAGAGCCGCAAGCAGGAUGAGGAGAGAGGCAGAGUGUAUAACUACAUGAACGCAGUAGAGAGAGACCUGGCUGCACUCAGACAGGGGAUGGGUCUCAGCCGGCGGUCCUCCACCUCCUCAGAGCCCUCACCCACCGUCAAAACCCUCAUCAAGAGCUUCGACAGCGCCUCACAAGGCCCACCUACCAACGGUGCCGCUGUGACCCCUCCAACAGCUUCGGCCGCCCCACUACCACGAACCCCCCUAAGCCCCAGUCCUAUGAAGACGCCCCCAGCAGCUGCUGUUUCACCCAUACAGAGACACUCCAUAAGUGGAUCCAUGUCAGCAUCCAAGCCGCUCUCCUCUCUGAGCGACAAGAGGCCGAGCUACACAGACAUCACCAUACCAGCCGAGCACCUUCUCCGGGGAGGCUCGUCCAGCCGUCCCCCCUCUGCCCUCCAGAGGGUCUCCAAUAUGGACUCCACUAAAACAAUAUCAGUGUCCCGCCGGAGCAGCGAGGAGAUAAAGAGGGACAUGUCUGCUCAGGACGGGGCUUCCUCAUCCUCCCUGAUGGCUAUGAGUGCCGCCUCAUCUCCGCUUUCCCUGUCCUCCUCCUCCCCUACCGCCUCCAUCACCCCCACAGCACGCAGCCGCCUAAGAGAAGAGAGGAAGGAUCCGCUGUCUGCACUGGCCAGAGAGUACGGAGGCUCCAAGAGAAACGCUCUGCUGAAGUGGUGCCAGAAGAAGACUGAGGGUUACCAGAACAUUGAUAUCACUAACUUCAGCAGCAGCUGGAACGACGGCCUGGCAUUCUGCGCCGUGCUCCACACCUACCUGCCUGCCCACAUCCCCUACCAGGAGCUCACCAGCCAGGACAAGGCAAGUAUACAGAUCAGAGGAGGAGCGCACAUUUUAAACCAGCAGACUCUUUGUGUGUGUUGA